AAUGCUGGAAGAGAGUGUUGCAAAAUAAACGCGCUUUUUAUUUGUUUUCCCGGCUCUCGACGGAGUCGCGCGUGACGUGUUGUGCUUGUUAGCAUGCUAACCCGUUAGCAACUGUACACGCUGCCUGCCGCCUGGACGCGUCUUCACUUGUUUAUAUAAGUCCCUCGGAGCCAGCGUUGCCAAUAACGAAGCGGAAAAAGCUGUCUUUAUGCUUAACAAGUGUAUUUUAAAGCGAAAUUAUAGUCUGAAUAAUGUAGUUGCUGUCUGUAGUCGCGUCCUGUUUCUCUUUGUCUCAUGUCUGGCGGGGGUUGGGGGGGACGUGACAGGGCUGACCCGGGUUUUGUUUUGUUUUUUUCCCCUCUCUCAAUCUGACUUGGGUGACUACUCGGUACCACUGACGUGACUCAGACACACACACGGCUCUGUGCUCAGUCAGAGCAGGACACGCUGGGCUCAGCGAUGGAGCGCGUUACUGCAUCAUCCUGUGGACAAACUGCGGCUCCGAACGAUGUAUUAUAUCACGCCUUCUGAUCUUAAAUCAGUGGAAAGAUGGUCUUUGUGUAGAUGCUCACUGUCUGGCUCACGCACGACUGCACGAUGACCUGGUGUGACACAGAAAUGGUGCAACAGACAGCACCUUCCUCUCCACUGUUGCCACAUGGAUUGCAGUUACUUCCCCUCUAUUCAAACAAUAAUGUGCCUGGUGAAUACUACAUUUGUUUAAGAUACUAUUUUGUGUGCAAGAGAUAUGUAGUUAUUAACUGAUACAUCCAUCCAUCCAUCCAUCCAUCGUCGCCCGCUUAUCCGUUGCCGGGUCGCGGGGGCAGCAGCUUCAGAAGGUCACGACAAAUGCCCUUCUCCCGAGUGACAUCCACCAGCUCCGACUGGGGGAUCCCGAGACGCUCCCAGGCCAGCGUAGAGAUGUAAUCUCUCCACCUGGUGCUGGGUCGACCCCUCAGUCUCCACCCAGCUUUACAUUUGAUCCAAAAAAUAAAGGUGGUAUCUACCUGUAGACUAUCAUGGAGGCAUCUCACAGGCGUGUCACCAACCUAGUGUUGACUUGAGUGGUUAUUAUACAUAAAUGUCACAUUUGGUGGAUAUGAAAUGGUAUUUUAUUUUGAGCAACAUGACAUGCUGUUAUAAAGAGCAUCACUCAUUAAAAUAUUCUUCUGCUUCCGCUUUUCCCAUCCGGGGUUGCCACAGCAAGUCAGUUUCCUCCACCUUUGCCGACUUGCGCAUCCUCUCGAGUCACACCCCUCCUCUUCAUGUCCUCUGUGUCUGCUGUGUUGCAUGGUCAAGUGGUAUAUUCAGACGAUAUGACUGUAUGUUGUCUUCCUGUAACAUUCUAUGAAGAAUUCUAUUAUAUCUAGAUUCUAUUUGGCAGUUUUUUUUAUUCAGCAUGUUGUUGGCUAAAAUAAUAUUGAUGUUCAUGUCAAUGUAUUGAUUUUUUUAUAUUGAUAUUUUUGGUCCCUAUUGUUUACAAAUGUAUAAAGUCCACGUUGGAUUACAAUCAUCUUAGUCUUUUUGACGUUCUCACCUGAUUUUGAAGGAUUGCUGGUCUAUAUUGUCACGUAUUUGGGUUUCACUGGAAGGGAACCUCAUGUUGAGUCCACCUGUGUUUUCUGAGGAGGCUGUGGGGUGAAGCGCUCAGCUGCUUUGUCAGAGGCCAGUGGUGAAGUCGAGAUGAGUCUCUGCUGUGAUCUGUGUACCUGCAGAAGUCAUGCAAGUACUGGCCCACUUGAUGCCCUUCUGGAUUCCAUUUCGGACAGCAGGUUGGCUGACCUGAGGAGGAAAGCCUUAAAAGCCUCUCCUGUUUCCUUGGCUGGAAGACCAAUCCCUGAUGGCAUACUGUACAUCAGCCAGAGAAUAGCUGUCUAAUCCGGGAGUCGUCUACACUCCCUGCUUUUCAUCAUGAAGAUUUGUUAAACCGAGAUCACCUCAUGCGUGCCGAUAAACCUCACCAGUCUUUUUCCACUGAAAUACAUUACAAUAGUGAGCAAAUGCCGUGACUUCUUUAAUUACACGAGGAAAGAGUAGUGUCUCAACUUCCUGACUGGUUGCUCUUGUAACUCCGCGGAUCAUGUGAGGCUUUCAUCAAUCUCAAACUGUCAUGUUCAAGGGUUGAUCACAUGGCUGUUCUUUCGGUCACAGGUUUCAAGCUACAUAGGUGUCUCAGCGUUCUGAAAGAGUUUGUCAGCGAUUCUCACUUGUUUCAGUGAAUGCAAGCGCAACAAAUUCUGCGCCAUUUCCCAAAUUCUGCAAAGACAGCUGCUGGCCUCAGGUUCUGAUCAGUUAUUUUCAGCGGGCACGCUGACUUCUCCGAAGUGCAGGCUGUCCUUGAACAUAUGCAUCAGAAGCAACACUGUUGAGAUUGAAACGUUUGUGCAGAAAGAUCCCGUUGUUGCUUAUUUAAAAAAAAAAGGAUGUGCACGUACAUGAUCGCGAAGACUGUUGAUUUCGAUGAGGUUGACUGAACACUGUUUGCGAUGCUUGACUUCAGGUAUUCCGGAGGUUGAUGGUGAUGUGCUUGGCACGAAAAUUAAUUUAGAAGAUGCUCAUUAAAAGCCUUUUAUUGCCAUAAAGAAUAUUUGUUGACACUAUCACAUUCAAAGGUCAGUAUUGCUUGGUCAUUUUUUAAUUAGUUUUGGGAACAGGCCUUCAAAACAUGAGCAAUUGCUGCCCUGUUUUUUGAGCAUGAAUCUCUACGUAUGGUGCCAUCGUGGGUGCCAUUAUAUUUUAUCUCUUUGGAUUGGUGAACGCGGCAUAGAAUAGCGUUAUUUUUGGGAUGUUUAAUGCUGUUAGAAUGAAGAAAAGCUGCCGUAUCGUCUUCCCUUCACACUCGGUCGACGUACAUUGGGACGUCCUAAUGCCAUCCUUCCAUAGCUGCUUAUCCGUUACCGCGUCGCUGGGGCCAGGUUGUACCAAGUGCCUCUCUUCCAGGCAACACCCAUCAGUUUUGACUGCGGGGGAUCCCCCAACCCCUCGGUCUCCUCCAGCUGGCCGUGCGUCUAGGGUCCAUCAUCAUGAGACAUUGGGGGGGCAUGUUUCAAAAUCCUUGAUGACCUACUUGUUGGGGGAAGUAUGAAUACCUGGGCUUUACAUCCAUGUUUGCUAAUGCUAUAUUGCUAAAUGCAGUCGUGUUAGGUCUUCAUCGAGUCUUGUACCUGCUGCCCGUAUGUUUUGUCAUGAAAGUAAGUGGGCUUGUCUCUGAAUCACGUGGGAGGUACAGUGACCACUGGCCUUGGUCGGGAACCUCACUGCAUCAGAGACAAGAGUUUGUGGUUUUCUCUGUGCGUCGUUCUUUUGCCGCAGUCAUGUCGCUCCACUUUCGUCGCUCAGCUUACCCUCUCCACUCUUGAUCACCGCUUGCCAUUGUCAGUAAUGAGAGUUCUGCCGUCAUUACUCCCAAUUAACCCACUUUGUGACCUCAGAAGAGUUGGAGAGAGUUCAGAGCUGAACGAGUGCUGAUGGAUGGUAUAGUCACAGGAUGAAUUUCUCUUCUUAAUCGCAUGACUUUUUAUUUUUUUAUGGUCCAAACAAAAGUCGCUCUUCCACUGUUGACAGAAGUGGGGUAAAGAUAACAGCAAUCCUGCAUGUUUGUCAGUACACAACAGUCAUGUGCUUCGCUUCAUGUGAUUCACGAGGAACUCCUGCCACACCUUUUUCUGUCAUGUGUCACUGAUUCACAAGAAGUUGUAACUCAGGAUUAAGGACUUAACGUGCGCUCAUCUGCAGGUGGAAAGACUGGCUCAGUCCACCUCAGGCUACGUGAUUGUCGGUCAUAAUUUAGAGGUUUGAUUCCAGGGUUGUUGUGUGAUGCACAGGACUGCGGUGCUGCUGGAAUGCAGACUACACAACACGAAAGCCGACCUUGUCCAUCCAGUUAAAUAAUGGGCACCCUCUAAACAUUCUUUUUCUGUGUGUGUUAUGCAAAUCCGUCAUUAGUUUAUCCUUCAUUCAUGGUGUUACCUGUGUUCACAACCUGUAUCACAUUGGGCUGUUUGACAAGUCACAGGGAAUGACAUGUGACACAGGGAUAAAUACACAGUUGCAAUCAGUGAGUAAGUGUACACAUAUCAGCUUGGCAGGAUUCCUGUUAUCUCAGAACAGCUUCGACAGUAUUUACUGACAGAGCGCGCUGACACGCCGGUGCAACGAUCACAUGUCUGUUGAGAAAGUGCUGACUCUUAAAAUGACAAUAUAGGUUGCUAAAGGUAAAUUUAGAUGUGCUAACCAGGGUUUUCCCUCCAACCUCACCGCCUCCUACAACACAGUUUUAACCCGUCCAAAUCCAAAUCCAUGGAGUCAGUGUUCGCCCCUUGACAUAAGCUGUAUAGGGGCCACCUGACGCUGUAUUUUAACCACUUGCGCUUGGAGUUUUUUGUCAACAUGUAAUGAAGUCUGACUCGCUCGCUGUCAGUUGAGGACGACUCUGCCUUUUAGGGUGGACCAUUAAUGUUUUACAAUGCAAUGUGGUCUGCCGUUGUUGACCUAACUGCCUUAUUGAUCUCCACCCGCUGCCUGGAGAAAAUAUCCUGAGAAUGAUGUUUGUGUUGGAAAUAUUUACACAUCUUCACCCAAAUUCUUAUGUGCCAUGAGUUAUUGUUCAGCAUCACAACCCAAUAUCUGUACAACAUAUUGUUUUUUUUUCCUGAGAUUACUCCACCCCUUUCUUUUUUUUUUUUGAAAACAGCAGUGAAAUUGUUGAAGGUCUUAGUUGAUGAAAUCUUUGAAAGGUCUUACUGUUGCAAUUGCAAAACAGGGUUUACCUCAGUACCUUCUCACUUUGCAUCAACUGCAGUAUAGUUAUUGCUCUUAUUGGGAAUAUUAAUGCAACACUCUUAAAAACCCACAACAUUCUUCAUGUCAGUUCUGGAAGCUCCUCGUCUCCUGCCCUCAAAACAUGCCUGGAUUAUUUAUUAGAUUUGGUCGGAUUAGACUCCCUUUAUUCUUACCACAAUGGGGAAAUGUUUCAAAACAGUUGGCACGAAACCAAACUACGUUAGGUGAAUCGAGUAGAUCAGUAUUGACUAGAGUGGUGUCUGUGAAGUCUCAGCUGUUUACGACGUCUCGAUCCAUCAUCGAACGAUCGCUCGCUUAAUUCAUCAAGCUGCAUGCUUCUUGAAUUAGCCCGACUUCUCCACCGUCUCUGUUUCCCUUCGGUCAACACGACACGCAAGGUCACUCGGACAUGGCUCUGAAAUUGUAUUUUAAUGCUAUUAUGUCAUGUUUGUAGGACAAGCUGCAUUUAUGUAACCGCCUGUCACUCACUCACACACACACACACACACACACACACACACACACGUACAGAGGGAACGCAAGGGCCCUCUGAGGUCAGUCUGACGUCGGACACGCCGCAGUAAAGGAAACUUGGGUCUGUUGUUCUGACCUUUAUCAGUUUACACCAGGACCACGACCUCUUGAGGCUUUGCACGACAUCUACCGCAGUCUACAUUACACAAGAAAAGGUUGAAUUCUGAUCAAGCUUUUGUUAUUGGGUCAUGACAUUUUAAUGUUGACUUAAAUUCUGCAGUAGAAAUACUUUUCUUCAUCAUGCAAGGGGAUUAAGUUUCAAACAUGAUUUCUGCUGAUUGAAGUGUUCUUACCAGAACUCUUUGAACAGAGUGUAUGAUAUUAGUCUCCCUCACAACUCUUGGAGGUUAAUCAAAUUAAAUAAUAUCUAUAAUAUGAUAUAUAUAAUAUACAUUUAUAUAAAAAUAUAAAGCAUCUUGGGGGCAAAAUGCAUAAAUAGAGGUUUAAAUUUAACUGUCAUUAUUUACACUUCCUGAAAAAUAACCAAUAGGUAAAGCUUGACCGUUGACGCCCUUUUGGGUCAUUUUUGACGGUCUUAACUUCAAUUUUCAACGAUGCCUUAAGCUCCCACAGACCACAUGAAGUGACUCAGUGGGCCAAUUUUGGCCCCCCGGCCUGGACUUUGAUCCUGUCUAUGAGUGUAUAAUAAUGACAACAAGAACAUAAGUAUUCUAUGGCGUCACAGGUGUGCACUCUGGUUUCCUCCCUACAUCCAAAAACGCGUUUGUUUUUUUGUUGUCUACCUUGCUACAAUAAGAUGUAUAAACUAAACGAAUCCAUGUUUUAGUUGAAAGGCGGUUGACUUUUGUUUCGUCAGCCAUGUUGUCUUCGUUCGUAGCUUCCCAUGUCAUGUGCAUUGUAAACAGAUUGGUUGCUUAACAGUAAAGAGAUGGCUAGAACAGAAAGGGAGCAAAACAGAAGAAGAACAAAGGGCUGGAUUAAUAAAGGCCACACAAACAAGUCCCUCUUUCUAUCAGAGCCCUGCUCUUUGGCGGUGGCUGCUGCUGUUGCUGCUGCUGUAGUGUCCAGCUCACACACGGCUCCUCCGAUCACCUGACAGUCUCAUGUUGUGUGAAUUUAGUUCACCGCUAUUCUUAGAGCCUACUUUGGCCAAGGGUGGCGAGGAGAGAGGAGAGAGGGAAAAGGCCUGGGAAAGACCGGCAGACUCGCGAUGAUGUCCAGCUGGACAAUCCCCCAGCUGGAUCCCAGUCAGAUCAGACUCAUCGUGUACCAGGACUGCGAGAGGCGUGGCCGAAACGUCCUCUUUGACUCCAAUGCCAAAAAGAGGAGCACAGAGGAAUCUCCCAUCACAAGCACUGAUGGCCAGGCGAAGAUCUUUGGGAAAUGCUGCCAACUUCGCCCUACAGGAGGCAGCAGCAGCUCCCUCGACAGCUCCUCGUCCAGCACGUCGGAAACCAAAGAGCAUGGGCCUCGCUACCAGGGCCCGAGGUGUUCGUCUGAUGUGGCGAUGCUGGGAGAAAUGAUGUUUGGCUCUGUCGCCAUGAGCUACAAGGGCUCCACUUUAAAAAUCCACCAGAUCAGAUCGCCACCUCAGCUGAUGCUGAGCAAGGUUUUUACUGCCAGGACGGGGGGCAGCGUGUACGGCAGCCUCAACACCUUGCAGGACAGUUUAGAGUUUAUUGGGCAGGACGGUAACACGCUAAGACCGGACCAAAACACUGGAGCCAACGGCCUCCUAGGAAACAUAGGAUUUUCCCAACUCUGCAGCCCCAGACGGGCCUUCUCUGAGCAAGGCCCGCUGCGUCUCAUCAAAAGCGCAUCUUUCUUUUCAGGUCACAGCCACCCCAUGGACAUGCCGGGCCGAGGACCGCACGACGAGAGAGACAGCGGCAUCGCCCGGUCAGCAUCUCUGAGCAGCCUGUUGAUCACCCCCUUUCCAUCGCCCGGCUCCUCCCUCACCAGCAGCUGUGCGUCCAGCUACCAGCGACGAUGGCUGCGCAAUGUAACCACCAGUCUGGAGAACGGGGUCUUCCCCAGAUGGUCUGUGGAGGAAAGUUUCAACAUGUCCGACGAAAGCGGCGCCCAGAGUCUGGGGGUGGCGCGCAAGAAGAAGAUCGCCAUCGGGGUCAUCUUCAUGCUGUCGCCCAAUCCUGAGGAAAACGAGCGCUUCCAGGAUUUCUUCUUCUCCCACUUCCCGCUCUUCGAAAGCCACAUGAACAAACUGAAAAGUGCCAUCGAGCAGGCCAUGAAGAUGAGCCGGCGGUCAACUGAUGCCAGCCAGAGAGCCUUGGCUUACAACCGAAUGGUGGACGGACUCAAUGAGUUCAGGAUGGUCAUCUGCAACCUGUACAGCAUGCCCCGCGUCGCCGAGCCCGUCUGGUUGACCAUGAUGUCCGGCGCCUCGGAGAAGAACCAGCUCUGCAGCCUCUUCAUGAGAGAGCUCUCCCUUCUGAUGGAGCAGGCCUCCAAAAAUCAGUUCCUCCCUGCGCUGCUCACUGCCGUCCUGACCAAUCACCUGGCCUGGGUGCCCACGGUCAUGCCCAACGGACAGCCGCCAAUCAAGUUUUUCCUGGAGAAACACUCGUCCCAGAGCGUCAACAUGCUGGCAAAGACGCACCCUUACAACCCGCUUUGGGCUCAACUAGGGGACCUCUACGGCGCCAUCGGCUCGCCGGUCCGCCUGUCAAGGACGGUGGUGGUAGGACGCAGACAGGAGCUGGUCCAAAGACUCCUCUACGUCCUGACUUACUUCAUUCGAUGUUCCGAGCUGCUGGAGACUCACCUGCUGGACAGCGCUGAGGACGAAGCCAUCGUCAUGCCCGGCUCUCUGAUCACCACGUCCCUGAGAAAAGGAGAAGUGGAGGAGUCGGACUACGUGCUGGUCACCGUCCACAAUCCUAGCACGGAUUACCUGUCGCCGGGCGCCCGGCAAUCUGAGACGGACGACAGCAGCUACCCCUCGGAUAACAGCCUGCAGAGCAGCACGUACAUGGACGCUGAGAUGGAUCACAGCACUGGAGACAUGCCCAAGGGUGAAGAGGAGGAGGAGGAAGAAGAAGAAGAAGAAGAUGAGGAGGAGGAGGAAGAGGAGGACAGCAGUGAGAGUCAAGGAUCCAGAAGUAGUGUUCUCCAAAGAGGAGACUCCAUCAGAACAGCUGAGGAGCUCUUCAGAGACUCCAGACUAGAAACUGUGCUCCAGGUUGGCUCAGCAUCUCCUGGUGAGAACAUCUGCAGCCCGGAUGUUGAACCUUCACAAACAUCUUCCCCUACAGUCCUCACAAGUCCCCUCUCAAAUCAUCCCGCCACAGAAGCUGCAGAUUCUCUAGCUUGUGAAGAGUCAGCCAGCAAGCCCUUGAAGGUGCUUCCUGCUCAGCCGCUGGGCGUCUCUCUGGAGAAGAAACCCCCAGACAAGGCCCAGGCGGGGGCUGUGCCCGUGCCCGUGCCCGUGUCGGCGGGGAGCAGCAUGUCCGGGCCCAUGUCGUUGGUGUUGGAGGUGGAGCAGGAGGAGCCGGCCACCAAAGUCACCUUCCUCAUUGGAGAUUCCAUGUCUCCGGAGUCUGACCCGGAAAGCCGCCGGAGGAAAGUGGAUGAAGAGUUCAAAAAGCACAAGAGGAACCUGCUGUUGAGCCAGCAGAGAGGAGAGUCCACGACGAGGAGUGCGGACCAAAACAAGCAGACCAAGGCUGCUCCAGCGCUCACGAGGGUGUCCAGCAAGAUCCCUCAGUGGAGCCCCAACUGUUUGGACCUGAGUGAUUGUGAUGAGGACUCUCCAGCGGAGACUAGAGUGACAGGCAGUAACGCCUCAGGAUCUGGGGAAAGAACUUCACACAGGGAGUUUUUGGAUCCCUCUGCGGUCCUGCAGACUUGUGACUCCCAGAGUCGAGGUCAGCAAAGUGGGAACCAGAGCUUCUGUUUGAGCUCUGCCAGCGCAGAGUCGGGGCUCAGCAGGAAAGGGGACGGCUUGUCGGGAAGGCGCUGCAGGUGCGGCUCCACGGACUCCUCCGACGCCUGCCCCUGUCGGGGUUGCUCCUCCGAGCAGGUCAAGGGUUUGGGGCAACAGGACGAGAGCGGCGCUGGGAGAGAGGACCAAAAGUGCAAGACGAUGCUGGACAUCGAGAUUCCACGGAACGAGAGCUCUGACAGCGCGCUAGGGGACAGCGAGAGCGAGGAGACGGAGGACUGGCAGGAGGAGGUGCCGGUUCCAUUUCCAGGGUCAAAGUCGGUGGAGAACUACUCCAAACCAAGCAUUGCCAACUUUGGUCGGUCCCUGUUCGGCGGCUACUGCCCCACCUACGUGCCCGACUUCGUGCUCCACGGAAUGCCGAGCGACGACAAGCUCCGACAGAGUCUUAUGACCGAGCUGAGUCACGCCGUUCAGCAUCCGGUGCUGGACGAGCCGAUCGCCGAGGCCGUCUGCAUUAUCGCAGACACAGACAAGUGGACGGUGCAGGUAGCCAGCAGCCAGAGGCGAGCCACCGACGCCAACAAGCUCGGGAAGGAAGUCCUGGUCUCCAACCUGGUCUCCAGCUUACUACAGUCCACGCACCAGCUCUACAAACUCAACCUCUCACCAAACUUUUGUAUCAUGCACCUGGAGGACCGGCUGCAGGAGAUCUACUUCAAGAGUCGGAUGCUGGCCGAGUACCUGAAGGGCCAGACCAGAGUCCAUGUGAAGGAGCUCGGGAUGGUGUUGGGUAUCGAGUCCAGCGACCUUCCCCUGCUCGCCGCCGUCGCCAGCACCCACUCCCCGUACGUGGCCCACAUCCUGCUGUGAGGCUCCGCCGAAAGACGGCCGUCCUUCCUCCCUCUGCAGCGACAGAGUGGAAUCAGCUCACGAGUUUAUGGACCGGCGCCACAAACCAACGGCUGAAUUUCGACCACAAGAGGGAGCUAAAGACCGCAGCCUCGGAGUCAAAUUGGAAUCUUUUUUGUUGACAAAAAAGCCAAAGACUAUAGUUUAAAACUCAAUGAUAGACUGCUUCCAGUAUGAUAACAUCAUUUAACAUUGUUUUCCUGUACAAUCUUUGGUGAUGGGUCGCACUUCUCUCUCAUUUAUUCAAGCCUAGAAUUUUUUUUUCAAUUAUGCCCGGCUCAAUCUCGCAUCCUUGCAUUCAGGGUUAGAGUACAUUUAAAGGGUAAAAAAGGGAUAUAUUUCUAACCAUUCACUUUCUCAGCGCGGUGAUGCCCCAUCAUUUUUGCCUGCCUUUUUUUCAGUAUAUAAUUUGGAGGUAGCUGUGGUUGGAAGAAGAUCUGGGGUCACCAAGCCAAUUUAGAUUCUCCAAAGAUGUUUUAGGAAUAUUUCAGCAGGUUCACCGUCCGUCGACUGUUUACGUGAAUCCAUUUCCGGGGAUCUCACUGUGACUCGGGGCUCACACUGUAUCAGUGCUUGCUAGUGGCCUUCAGGGACACGGUGUGCUCCGCUGCAUGCUGGCGUACUUUAACAAGAGAAGCAGUGUCUCCCUGUUCCGGUUCUGUUGACCCACUUCCUGAAGUCUUAAUAGAAAACAGCAUGAGUCCGGUUUUGCUUGUGACGUCCACGCUAAAACUACUGCUCAUCACUUUUGUACAACCCGACACCGUUGUUGUAUACAUAUAUAUAUAUAUAUAUAUAUAUAUGUAUAUAUAUGUAUAUAUGUAUAUAUAUGCUUGUUUCCUCUUUGCACAUGGAUAAGUUAUUUAGUGACUCGCGUCUGAUGGAAGCUGUACAUACUCAUUUUCCAUGCAUUUGUACAAGACGUCUCUUUAAGAAUUCUGAUUAUUUUUUUCCCAAUUUUAUGGGAAUGUUGUGCAAUAAAGAGGCCAGUUUCAGAAACGUGCC